GUUUUGGUUAAAAAAAAGCUUUAGUAAUUUUAGUUAAUAUUCUAUUUGCUCAGGUUUCUACCAUUGUUUCAAAGUUGCAGAGGUUUGAAGAAACUCGACAAUAUCCAGGAUGGCAAGCAAUUUUGCUCGAUACAUUGCCAAUUUAAGGCAGUCACUUUUUGAUGAGCAAAUUCUUGGUGAGCGAUUUCUUGAAUAUGAAAAGUUUGAAACCACCACUGAGGGCUUUCUUGAGGAUAUUUGUGCUGAUUAUUUCAGACAAGUUGCUAAGUUUAAGGGCUUAAUGGUGCCACAACUGCAAGGACCUCCCUACAAUGUCCCUGAAAUUGGGAGGUUACUUAAUGGAUUCAAUCAUUUCAGCACACUUUUUGGAGCUGUAAAAGUGACACAUCAGAUCAACAUCAUGAAGGAUUGCCUGAAGCAUGGAGAUUUUGAAGCGUCCAAGGUUACGUUUGAGGGUAUUAAACGGGAAUGUGAGAUUCUGCAGUCCAAACUAGAGAAUUACUUCAAGACGAGGAAACAAGGUCCACCUGCUGAGAUUGAGGACAAACCUGAGUACGGGUAUAUGGAUUCUGACAGCGAGUAGGAAUUGGCGUCUCGCGUCAGCGAACGCUUUGAGAAAAUAUAUCUUUUAAGUGAGUGGAUGGAGUAGCUGAAUGUGUGUGGAAAUUAAUGGGAACUUCAAUGUGCUUUUCUUUGUAUCCGUAAUUGCAGUGUUAAAAACUUGAGUCAGUGAUCUGAAGUCUACUUUUGGUCAUGUUACUCUGUAAUUUAAUUUUCAUGUUGCUUAUGCAAGUUUGUGGAAUAGUCUCUUU